UUUCCCCCCCCCCCCCCGGCAUGGAGUACUUCAUGGUGCCGGCCCAGAAGGUGCCCUCCCUGCAGCACUUCAGGAAAUCCGAGAAGGAGGUCAUCGGCGGGCUCUGCAGCUUGGCCAACAUCCCGUUGACUCCGGAGACCCAGCGGGACCAAGAGCGUCGGAUACGCAGGGAAAUCGCCAACAGCAACGAGAGACGGCGGAUGCAGAGCAUCAAUGCUGGCUUCCAGUCUCUGAAAACCCUCAUCCCACACACGGACGGGGAGAAGCUCAGCAAGGCAGCCAUCCUCCAGCAGACGGCGGAGUACAUCUUCUCCCUGGAGCAGGAGAAGACUCGGCUACUGCAGCAGAACACCCAGCUCAAGCGGUUCAUCCAGGAGUUCAGCGGCUCCUCCCCGAAACGGCGACGGGCAGAGGACAAAGACGAGGGUAUUGGCUCGCCGGACAUCUGGGAGGACGAGAAAGCUGAGGAUCUGCGGCGGGAGAUGAUCGAGCUCCGGCAGCAGCUGGACAAGGAGCGCUCGGUCCGCAUGAUGCUGGAGGAGCAGGUUCGCUCCCUGGAGGCCCACAUGUACCCCGAGAAGCUGAAGGUGAUCGCUCAGCAAGUGCAGCUCCAGCAGCAGCAGGAGCAGGUGAGGUUGCUGCACCAGGAGAAGCUAGAGCGCGAGCAGCAGAUCCGAACCCAGCUCCUGCCAUCACAUGCUCCCCCAGCGCCCACCCACCACCCCACCGUGAUCGUUCCAGCGCCGCCUCCCUCCCAUCACGUCACCGUGGUCACCAUGGGCCCGUCCUCGGUCAUCAACACAGUCUCCACGUCCCGGCAAAACCUGGACACCAUCGUUCAGGCGAUCCAGCACAUCGAGGGGACGCAGGAGAAGCAGCUGCAGGAAGAGGAGCAGAGACGCGCUGUCAUCGUGACGCCAGCCCGCGCCUGCCCCGAGCCCUCCGCCUCCGACACCGCCUCCGACACCGAGGGCAACGACAGUGACUCCAUGGACCAGAGCAAAGAAGAGCCUUCGGGGGACGGGGAACUGCCUUGACACCCCCCGGCUGGCAGCCGGGGAGGGGAGCCGGGGCGGGGGCGGGGGGAAACGUCGGAGAAUAUGCUGAAAUUUUUAAAAAAUACAACGCGAUUUGGGUCUCUUUUAUGACCUUUUUCCAAUACUGUAAAGCAGAGCGCUAGAAGCAGGCAAAGGUCACCCUUCAGCUCUCGGGGUGGGGGGGCGGGCGCUCAAGGGCAGCCCCAGCGGGACACGGGGGGGCUCGGUGUGCACCGGGAUGGCGGCAGGGGGGUGUUAGGGACAGGGGGGUCACAACCCCCACCCCAUUUUAUCACCCCCCUGCCGCCAACCCAUGGGGAAUCCUGCAGCCCCGGUGUUCCUGAUGGCGUUCCCUUGGGAUGGGGGCUUUGGUUGGGAUCUUAAUUUUUUUUUUUUUCUUCGUUUUUUUUGGUUUUCUGUUUGUUUGUUUUUUGUUUUUUUUUUAAAUGUUUGUUUUUAAGCAGGGGGGAGAUGCCAAGUGACACAGCAGCAAAGGCAGGACAGGCACCCCCCGCUUUGGGGUACAGCCAGCCCCACCACGGCUCCCGCACCCCACAUAGGGCUGGGAAAACCCCUUUGGAGAGUAAAAAAAUAUCCUGGGAUUAUGCCAUCGGAGCACAGGCAGGAGGGCUGGCACGUGCCAACCCCCCGCUGUUUCCAGCGCCCACCACCUUGGCAUGGGGAUGGCGAUUUGCGGGGACUGAUUUUACAUCCGCAUCCCCAUCCCCGUUCCCCCUCCCCCCCCCCACCCCAUCCUGCUCCCAUCCCUCCUUUAAGCACUUAAUCCGGUUCGCGGGGUCCCUCAGCUCCGAAGAGCUUUUUCUAGUUCGUGAUUGUGUCGCUUGGGUCUGUCCUGGCGGGUUGGGGGGGGUGGGGGGGGUGGUGAUGUCCCCAUUUUGUGCGUGUGUCCCCCCCCCCCGCACCUCACCCUCACCGCCCCCCGCCCAGCUGUAGGGUUUUAGGCCAGUCGUGUGUAGAGCCUCGGUGGUAUUUGGUAGGUUUCCCCCCCCCGCCCCCAGCCCCUCCAGCCGCAGCUGUUUCUCAGUUCCUUUCCCUUUUAUUUUUGGUUGGUUUUUUUUUUUUUGUAUUUUUUUUACGAUUUUCAGGUCUUUGUGUUGAUUGAGAAGCUAUUCUAUUUUGUUAAGAAAGUUGGAAAAAAAAAAAAGAGGCUCGUGCCUUUGUAAAGAAACAAAAUAAAGUUUGUACUUGGUUUUUUAGAA